AAAAAUUUAGGUUAUAGCUUUUCAUGUUUUGAUUUCAUUGGAUUUCAUGCUUUUUGCUUUACUUUUAAAUUUUAAAAACAAUUCAAACUUGUGUACGGACUAAAAUUAUUAUUAAAUUAUGAAAUUAACUACCUGUUACACUUCUAGCAACUCCAACCAAGUUCCUACUGUCGUAGACUGGGGUAAAAACGAUUUAAUAUGCUACGGUUCUUGUAAUUCGGUUUUUAUUUAUGAUUCAAAUUAUGGAAGUGGUGGAAAGGUAACGCACGUUUUAAUUAAACACACAAAGCGAGUCAAUUCCGUUAAAUGGUUAACUGGUAAAGAUAUCAUUAAUGAAAAAGAACUAAUUUCUGGUUCAACAGAUGGAGAUGUAUGUGUUUGGACAUUAGUUGAUGAUAAAUAUGAAUCAGUAAUAUUAAAAAGUCACACGUUGAAUGUGAAUAUUGUAGAUGGAUUGUACAAAGGAGAAAAUUGUAGCAGUGCUGUAAUUGUUAGUAUUUCUAUGGACCGGACUGCUAAAAUUUGGUUCAGACAAAAUUUAACAGAUAAUUUUACAUUGAAUCAAACCCUUAAUUUUGACUAUCACAUUGGACUUGCUGUUAGGCUAUCAUUUUUACCCAACAGUAAUGAGUUGCUAUUAGCUUGUGCAUUGGACGACUCAAAAAUACACAUUUUUUCCGAAACCAAAUCUGAUAUUAUUGAAUACGAAAAAUCUACCAUACUAACAGGUCACGAAGAUUGGGUACGAGGUCUUGACUUGACAGUAGAUGGCAAUGACCUUGUUUUAGCGUCUUGUUCACAAGAUGCAUUUAUUAGACUAUGGCGCUUAACUGAGAAAACUUUGGGUACAGAAAUGAUUGAAAAGACUCAAAUAACUACAAAAUAUCAAAAAUUCAAUGUAUAUACAGAGUCUGUCCUUUCUGGACACGAAGGUUGGGUAUAUUCGGUAAAAUGGAGUCCAAGUGGAAAGCAAUUGUUAUCAGCUUCGAUCGACAAGAGUAUGAUAAUAUGGGAAUAUGAUGAAAAUUCAGAGUUAUGGCUGGAGAAAAUGAGGGUAGGAGAAAUAGGAGGUAAUACUCUUGGCUUUUACGGUGGACUCUUUGGUCCAACAGGUGAUACAGUCUUAGGGCAUAGUUAUCACGGUGCUUUUCACAUUUGGAAAAACUCGGAAAAGCUUAACUGCUGGUUACCAUGUGUUACCUUAGGAGGUCAUUUUGGGGAAGUAAUAGAUUGCGCAUGGGAACCACAGGGACAGUUUUUGUUUACUUUAAGCAGUGAUCAAACUACUAGAAUACAUGCACCAUGGAAAUCACAAAAUAAGAAAGCUACGUGGCACGAAAUAGCAAGACCCCAAGUGCACGGUUACGACAUGAAUUCAUUAGCAGUAAUAUCUCGUUAUCAAAUUGCUUCGGGCGCCGAAGAAAAGGUCAUAAGAGUUUUUCAGGCUCCAAUAAACUUUGUUGAAAAUUUCAGACGCAUUUGUUCAAUUGACAAAGACGAAGAAGGAGAUUCAGUUUUGAAAUUUGGUCAAGUUGGACCAAAAGGCGCAUCGGUUCCAUCAUUAGGUUUGUCCAAUAAGGCUGUGUAUUGUGAUGACAAUUUUGAACAAACUGUACCUAUUGAUAAGAAAAAUCCGUAUCCAGAGGAAUCUCAGUUUACAGCAACAGAAUUAACAGAACCUCCUACAGAAGAAACUCUUGUUCAAAAUACCCUUUGGCCUGAAGCUCAGAAACUAUAUGGACAUGGUUAUGAAGUGUAUUGUCUGGCUGCUUCUUCUGAUGGUAAAUUCCUUGCAUCGGCAUGUAAAUCUAGUAAACCUGAGCAUGCUGCUGUGUUAUUGUGGGACACAUCGAAUUGGAAACUCGUCCAAAAACUAAUGUCUCACACUCUUACGGUAGUACAGCUGCAGUUUUCGCCGGAUAACAAACAUUUACUCUCGGUUUCCAGAGAUAGACGGUGGUCACUUUUUACUAAACAGGAUGAUCAGUUUCAAUUGGAAGCGACUACAGAUAAAAAUACAGCCGUGCAUUCUAGAAUAAUAUGGAGUUGUUCUUGGUCACACGAUUCUACGUAUUUUGCUACAGGAUCUAGAGAUGGAAAAAUUGCUGUUUGGUCAUUAAACAAAAAUGAAGAACGUUCAGGUCCGAUCGGAAAAUGUGGUUUAGCCUCUGAUCCUUUUGUUUUUAAAAACGAGUCUAUUACGGCUUUAGCUUUUGCUCCCGCCUUAGUUUCAGAUAAAUAUUUGCUAGCGGCUGGUUUAGAUAAUGGAAGAAUUGAAUUAUUCAAUUGGACUCUUCAGGAAUGGCACAGGAUUUCAAUAUUCUCAGAAAAGGACUACCAUCAUUUGACCGUAAAGAGGAUAGCUUUUAGGCCUGUUUUCGGGGAAGCUGGUGAAAAUGAAGACGAAAAUGUGUUGCAGUUAGCUAGUUGUAGUUCAGAUUAUUCUGUUAAAAUUUUCAAUAUUUUUAUAAACGAAUAGUUAUAUA